CCCUAUGAUGGUGGCCUGGGUGGAGACUAUAUCCCGCUUGUACAACGCAGAGCGAUCAACUAGUUGUUGUUGAUCUUGUGCGGCGAGGCUCCGCCGAUGUGGGGAGGUGACUAGGGGGUAUUUGAAUGGAUUUGGGCCCCGUAUUUUUGAGAAGAAGUACUUCUGUUUGUCGGUGGCGGUGGUGUCGGUGUUCGCCUUGUUGGGCGCGACGUCCGCUGCUGACAAUCCCCCUAAGUACAGGCCGAUGUUGAACAGAGACAUGCACGCCGGGUCGCUCACCAUCCAAUACCAGACGCCUGACUUGCAUGGAAAAAACUGGGUGGGUCUGUACCCCCUGAAUGAGGGCCCUGUCCAACACCGAAAGGAUGGGGAGUCGUUGAUGUGGAAAUAUGCGCCUCGCAACGAUGGUAUUCUGUGGUUUGACGUGAGCUCUCUGGCCGCUGGUAACUACACCGUGUAUUUUCUCGCCAAGGACGGCUAUUCGUGGUUGACAGACCCCAUCGAUAUCACGCUGUCAACGUACCCCGAGAUUUACUUCCCCGUGGCCGAGGCGACCUUGCGCAAUGGUCGCCAAGGCGAGGCCUACGAGGCUCAGCUCCACGGCCUCCUUCUCGGCAAGCAUGAGAAAAAUGUCCGCUUCGAAAAGAUGGACGGGGAUGACUGGAUCAAGGUCCACGCGGACGGCACCCUCCAGGGGACCCCGAGCCAGGCGGGAUCUUCCCACGUCACGGUGCGCGGCGUGGCGGAGAACGACGUGACAUCGACGAUCAAGCUGACGAUCCCGGUGCGCGAGGGUGCCAAACGGCUGCUGGACAGCGUGCGGACGCUGUCCUUGAACAUCUGGCACGGCGGCGUGGAGCUCAACGAUGCCCUCACCAAGCAGUUAUGGGUCAUUCUCAAAUCCAAUGUGGAUGUGGUGGCCUUGCAGGAAUCAGAAAAUGGAGCCGCCACCCGAAUCGCCACCGCGCUGGGGUGGGACUACUGGGAGAGCUCGUUCAGCGUCAGCAUCCUCAGCCGAUAUCCCAUUGUGCAGAAGUACGGCGCCGUCUCUCGGUCUGGCGCUGUCCGGGUCAAUCUCAACGGCGAAAAAGCGGAAAAGAUCCAUCUCAACGUCUGGAGUGCUCACUUGGGGUACACCCCGUAUGGGCCGUAUGAUGUCUGUUACGAGGAGAAGGAUUGGGCGGGGGUGCUGGAAGGCGAGAAGAAGUCCGGCCGUGUCGACCAGAUCAACGAGAUCAUGGCUGGCAUGAAGCAACAUCUCGACGACGCAGACAAUGUGCCCGUCCUGCUGAUGGGGGAUUUCAACGCACCCUCGCAGCUGGACUAUGUCGAAAGUUUGAAGGAGGAGCACUGCGGCCUCGUCGGUGUGGAGUGGCCGACGUCCAAGGCACCGCUGGAUAAUGGCCUCAUGGACUCCUUCCGUGAGACUCACCAGGUUCCUGCUGCCAACGAGGUGACUUGGUCGCCCUUGUAUCCGCGGCACGACGGCGUCUCGGGUGACUUCGAACCGCAAGAUCGCAUCGACUUCAUCUACUACAAGGGUAAAAAACUGAAGGUGAAGAAAACUCAGAUCUUCGACCAAUGGUCGCCCUCACCGUAUCCAACGCAUAAAGAUAAUGGUUGGCCGUCGGACCACAAGGCGGCGUUUGCGGAGUUCCACCUGUGAGAGGGACGGCGGCGGCUGGCGGCGUACAUGGGGUUUUGGCACGAGAGUAUUUUUUGAUUAGUUUCAAUUUGUAAUGAAUAUCCGUUUUUCUUCUUGUUCCUGUCUUGGUAGCCAGUAUUCUGGCCGUGGAAGUAGAGUGUUUUGUCGAUUGAGAUAACAACUCCAAUGCCGAGACAAUGCAUAGGUGGACGUAUAGGUGGCCUGCGGGGAAGAUUCACUCUUCUCGCAUUCACAUUGGACAGCGCAUUGACCUAACUCCGAGGUGCCCCUGUUUUUUUUGGUUGGAUUACCUGAGAGAAACCAAUGGUAACCGGAAGAGGGCGAUCCAUCGGAGACCUCCGACUCGGUGGGGCCUGUAGUAUACUCGAGAGUGAAUUGAAGAUAUGGAUUGCAGAGAACAGAGAUGAGAGGAUAGAGUAGACAUGAAGAGAGAAGCAGAAAGGAGAAUCGAUGAGAUAUGGAGAGUUAGAGAGAUG